AUGGACAAGCCUCUUUCAACACCUUGUGCUUCUCAAAAACUUGUUUCCGAGUUUGACGAUGACGACAGUCGCUGGGAGGCCGUGAAAUCGCGCAAUGUAAAGGCAGAUGGGCUCUUCGUUUACGCUGUGCGAAGCACUGGCGUAUAUUCCCGCCCUACCUGCAAGGCGCGCCUCGCGCAUCGAUUCAAUACUGCCUUCUUCCGAACAAGCAUUGAAGCCCAAAGCGCGGGAUUCCGGCCAUGUAAGCGCUGUCAUCCUGAUGAUAGUGCUCACAUGCUAGCAGAUAUUGCGGUGUCCAAGAUUCGUGCGUUCAUGAAGAAACGACCCCUCGGGACGAUGAUGGGAAAGGACGAUACAAUGACAAUGUUGAGUUUAAGUCAAAUGGCUCGGCAGGCUGGCCUAUCCAAGUGGCAUUUUCAUCGCCAGUUUAAAAAGUGCUUUGGAGUGACACCGGUCGAAUAUCUAAGGAUAGAGAGGAAAGCAGCGGGACUUGCGACUUCAGCAGAAGUCCAAGGCGAAAAGUCGUUGCUUGAAUGUGGAUCUCAUAUAAGAAAUAAGCCCGAGUGUUCAGAUGGACUCGAUGUAGCGACAGAGUAA